AUGCACCGCCGCCGUGUCUUCGCCUCCUCCUUCUCCCGCCUCCUCCUGCUCGUCCUCUUCGAGACCCACCUAGCGUUUUCUCUUAACCAGGAGGGCCUCUACCUCCUGAAGUUCAAGGCCGGGCUCGACGACCCUUUGAAGGUCCUCUCCGACUGGAACCCCCGGGAUCUGUCCCCCUGCAACUGGACCGGCGUCACCUGCUCCGCCGCCGGCUACGUUUCCGCCAUUGAAAUCGUCGGGCGGGAGCUCCAGGGGCCCUUCCACCCUCUCCUCUGCCGCAUUCCCAACCUGUCCUACAUCUCCCUCGCGAGGAACUUCAUCAACUCCAGCCUUCCCGAUGCCGCCCUCUCCCCAUGCCCCGCCCUCGUUCACCUCGACCUCUCGGAGAAUCUCCUCGUCGGCCCUCUGCCCUCUGCCCUCGCCUCCCUCCCUCUCCUCCGCCAUCUCGACCUCACCGGAAACAACUUCUCGGGCCCGAUUCCCCCCACCUUCGGACGCUUUUCCCACCUCGAGAACCUAUCUCUAGUCGCCAACCUGCUCACCGGCACCAUCCCCGGCUUUCUUGGGCAAGUCACCUCCCUACAGCAGCUAAACCUCUCCUACAAUCCUUUCACCCCAGGUCCUAUUCCGGCGGAAAUUGGCGACCUGGCCGCGCUCCGUACCCUCUGGUUGGCCGGCUGCAACCUCGUCGGCAACAUUCCUCCGUCGCUCGGGCGCCUCCGCAGCCUCCUUAAUCUCGACAUCUCUCGGAACGAGCUCGAUGGACCCAUACCGGAGUCGCUCGCGGGGCUCUCCAGCGUCGUUCAGAUCGAGCUCUACAACAACUCCCUGACUGGGCAGAUUCCAGAAGGUUUGGCCUCGAUCGUCUCACUCCGGCGGAUCGACGCCUCCAUGAACCGCCUGGAGGGCCCUAUUCCAGCGGGUUUCUUCGAUCUGCCACUCCUGGACAGCUUCAACCUGUACGAAAAUCGCCUGGUCGGAGGAUUGCCUGAGAUCAUCUCACGGGCUGGGAAACUCUCGGAGCUCAGGCUUUUCAGCAAUCAGUUAAAUGGGACACUUCCGGCGGAAUUUGGUAAGAACUCGCCACUCUCCGUCGUGGACCUAUCAGACAACCAGUUCACAGGAGAGAUCCCACCGAGCAUAUGUGAGCAGGGUUUUCUCGAAGAACUGAUGCUUAUUGGCAACUUCUUCUCCGGGUCGUUGCCUGAGGGUCUUGGCAACUGCCUGAGCCUGCAACGGGUUCGGCUGAAAAACAACCUCCUCUCAGGCGAGCUCCCGUCGAGGAUGUGGGGUUUGCCUCAUGUUUACUUGCUGGACGUCGCCGACAACGGAUUCUCCGGCGUUAUCUCCUCUGCUAUUGCCGGAGCCAUUAACCUCUCGAAUCUCAUACUUUCUAAUAACCAGUUCUCUGGUAACAUCCCCGUGGAGAUUGGGACCAUCACUUCCCUCUACGAGUUCUCGGCUGAUAAUAACCAGCUGACAGGGUCAUUUCCAACCACACUUAACAAUCUGGUUGAGCUGCAGAAGAUCGACCUCCACAACAAUUCGCUGUCCGGUGAGCUUCCCGGGGGAAUCCAGGCAUGGAGAAGGCUGAGUGAGCUCAAUCUCGCGGACAACAAAUUCGCUGGCAGGAUUCCGCCGGAGCUAGGCUCUCUCCCGGUUCUGAACUAUCUUGAUCUGUCAAAUAACCGCUUCACAGGGCAGAUUCCUCCGGAAUUGCAGAAUCUCAAGCUGAACAAGUUCAAUCUCUCCAACAAUCUGCUCUUCGGCGACCUCCCUCCGUUCUUUGCCGACGAGGCCUUCAGGGCGAGUUUCUUAGGUAAUCCUGGUCUGUGCGGCGACUUGCCCGGGCUAUGUCCAUCUUCCCAGGAAAGCUCCACCAAGAACCAGGGGUAUCUCUGGCUUCUCCGAUCCAUCUUCAUACUCGCCGGACUAGUCCUCGUCGUCGGCGUGGCCUGGUUCUACUGGAGAUGCAUGAAGUUCAAGAAGGCAAAGAACGAGGCAGACAAGUCGAAAUGGACCCUUACUUCGUUCCACAAGGUGGGUUUCAGAGAGCACGAAAUAUUACACUCCCUCGACGAGGACAACCUGAUCGGAACAGGGGGUUCGGGGAAGGUCUACAAGGCGGUGCUGAGCAAUGGAGAGAUCGUGGCUGUGAAGAAGCUCUGGUGCAGCCCCGGAAAGAAGGGGGACAACCAAGAGGGCAACCUACAGAAUCCCGCCGCCGGCGACGCCUUCGAGGCAGAGAUCUCUACCCUGGGCAAGAUCAGGCACAAGAACAUUGUGAAGCUGUGGUGCUGCUGCACCUACAAGGAUUCGAGGCUCCUGGUUUACGAGUACAUGCCCAACGGAAGCCUGGGGGAUCUUCUCCACGGCCCCAAGUCGGGUUUUCUGGAUUGGCCGACGAGGUACAAGAUCGCCAUGGACGCGGCCGAGGGCCUCUCCUACCUCCAUCACGACUGCGCGCCACCCAUCGUCCACAGGGACGUGAAGUCCAACAACAUCCUCCUGGACGCCGAGUUCGGGGCCCGGGUGGCGGACUUCGGAGUGGCGAAGGCAGUGGAGCCCCUGGGGAAGGGAGUCAAAUCCAUGUCUAUCAUCGCUGGUUCUUGCGGAUACAUCGCCCCAGGUUCGUCCCUCAGAAUUUUCCCUUCUCUGAUUCAUGCCAAAUUGGUCUAUACUUAUUUUUAGUUCGAUCUCUGGUUUGGUAGAGUACGCUUAUACUCUGCGCGUGAACGAGAAGAGCGAUACCUACAGCUUCGGGGUGGUGCUGCUGGAACUGGUGACGGGGAAGCCCCCCGUCGACCCGGAGUACGGGGAGAAGGACCUUGUGUCGUGGGUCUGCAGCAUCCUGGAGACGAAGGGGGUGGAUCACGUCCUCGACCCCAAGCUCGACGUCUGCUACAAGAAUGAGAUCUUCAGGGUCCUCAACAUCGCCCUCCUCUGCACCAGCAACCUCCCCAUGAACCGCCCUUCCAUGCGCAGGGUGGUGAAGAUGCUGGUGGAAGUCGGGGCGGAGCACAGCAGGCCCAACCUCGACAAGGACGGGAAGCCGGCGGCGCCGCUCUACUACGAAGACUCAUCUGCCCACAGCAGUGUUUUAUGA